AUGGCCUCUUUACACGGCCUUCCUUCUGUACUAUCAUUUCCUACCCUCCCAGUUCAACUCCAAAAAGACAAUUCCACGCGCUCCAAACCCCGAUCUCCAGCAGCAGCGCUCGAUCCCCUAUUCCAAUCGCUUCUGCACCAACACCCUGACUUUGACAUGUCUCCCAUACAGCUAGUAACCGACCGCAAUAGUCUCCGCAACUUCCUGUCUUUCGCCUCAAACGGUCCCGGAAAAUGGCGCAUUGACGUUGAUAUGAUUAACGACACUGUGUUCUUCAAUCAAUGGGAGGAGUUUCGACUCAUGAUGAUAAAUGGAAACCAGGAUUCGGGGUUUGGUCAUGCUUUUGAAGAUUAUGUUACUAUUAAGCCGCCAACGAUGAAGGACAUCAUACAUUAUGAGCGUGUUGCGAGGUAUGAACUUGGGGGGUUGAAGUGUCUGGUGAGAUUUGAGGCCGAUGCGUGCUUGAGUGCAGAUGGGAAUGACGAAAAAGAAAGCUCCUCAAUUCCUACAUCCGAUCUUCCAGAACCAAAACCCUCAAACCCCGUCCUCAAACCACCGUACAAACUCGUUCACGUCAUCUCUCGAGGUCACGACAUCAAUCCAGAUCAAAUCGUCGAAAUCAAAUCCUACUCCGCUCCCUACUUCAACACCAAGAAAACGCUACCUCAAUUAUGGUUUGCGCAGACCAAACACCUAUGUAUAGGCCGUCAUAAAAAUGGACGUGUGACAGAGAAGUUAGAGAUGAGGGAUAUGACCGAGGAGCUUCAGACGUGGGAGGCGGCUCAUCAGGAAGAGUUGAAGAAUAUGAUGAGGAUUAUUAGGGAGGUUAGAGAUAUUGUUAAAGUGAAGAGAAGGUGCACGGUUGUUUGUAGGACUGUGGAGGGGGUUAAGUGUUUGAGUGUUUUUGAGAGGGGAGGAGGGGGUUUGGUGAUUCGGAAGGAGGUGCGGGAGAGGUGCUGGAGGGAAGAAGGGGGAGCUCGGCUUUAUUGA